AUAGCUGAUAAAGUAGAAGUUCCUCCUAUAGCUCCCUCAAGGUGCCAUAAUUUCGAGUCAGAGACUUAUUCCCUUGUUUGGUAUUAAAUAGUCGCUCAAAGAUUUCAUAGAUCUGGCACACAUUUUGUUUUUGUGAGUACAUCUCCUCAAGUGAGAUGAUCGUAAGUUAUCACCAAGGAAUUCUUGCUCUACCAAUCUUCAAAAUUUUUGGACGUCUUUGGGGGGAGGACUCUUAAUAAGAUACUUGACUUUCCGUUCCGUUUAGCACAUAAGAAACCUUAAUUGCAUGGGCCCAAGAAUAAUAAUUAUGUCCAUUCAAUUUGGCAGAAGUGAUUUGUCGAAUGUCAUUGUCCAUGGAAUGAACAUAUGCAACGUGAUCAGAACCAGAAGUAUCCUUGACCUCCUCUAAAGUCGCCAUAGUAAAAUCCACAACCAAAUAGGUGAUAAUAAACAAUUAGAGAACCAAUACUCUGCAAACGACCACAACCACACAAAAUAACUACAAGAAAGUCAAGGAAGCUGCCCGGAAUAGUCCAAAUUCACGCCUAUAUUCAAGUCACAACAAAAUAUUGAACCAAAUUACACACCCAGCCCUCAAUUGCCACCACAAAAGCGAAUAAACAACAAAAAGAAACAGACCAAAGUAUACCGAACACAGUUCAGCGUGAAUAGUACUGCCACCGUUAGGGUGCUCCAAGAAAAUCACCUCCACCUCCACGAAUUCAGCUGGGCACCUCAGACGAAUUCAGCUGGGCACCUCAGGGCUUCAUGGAAUACACAACCAGCAAACAAAGAAAUCCAGAAAAGGCCAUGAAGAUCAUCAUGCGUACUGUUCCGGUGGCUGGAACAGUGUCGACUGUCAAAAAAUUCCAAAAAUAGGUUCAAAAGUCACCACAUCAGGCAGGGUUUCUCACAAAUCUCCUCCUGAGUGCUAUUCGGACUCCUCAUGUAAGAAUCCAAGCAACAAACCAAAGCAAAAUGGCCAGAAUUAACAGAUCUAAAAAUUUGACCCCUUUUUUUCGAAAAUCAUCCAAAAAUAGGAAAUCCCUCUCCAGAUGGCCGCAAAAAAUUAAACAAACGACCAUAAUUACUGGCACCAAAAAACAAGUCGGAUGGUAGUUUCCUGGUGCCGGAGGUUGCUGAUGUUGGCCACUAGCUAUGAUGUCAGCGGCAGGAAAAUUUUGCAACCAUUGAUCUAAAUAUUUUGUCCCAAAUUUUGACUCUAGUACAAAGUUGAAAUAGCAAAAACAUAUAUUAGACACACUGUCAUUGUUCACACAUCACAAGAGAAAGAGAAGAGGCAAAGUAUGUAAUGAAUAAUCUGAUUAUGUAUGUAGGCUGUGUUGCCCUACAUCUCCUUCUUUAUAAGUUGAUAUUGUGGGUAAUUACAAUAUUACCCUACACUACAAAAAUAUAAAGCAAUAAGAACUCUAACAAUUAAAAGACUAUCUAUUCUUUUGUAUAUUUCUUUUAAGUGAUGGGAUAUUAUUCCAUAUACAAGGCUGCUUUUGAUUUUCAUUUUCAUAGGAGUAGCUUUAGUUCAUUGUAUUAUUUUUGGAUGCGAUGAAAUUCUGAUGAAUUACUGUAUAUACAUGCUAGUUGUCUUGGUCUGCACGUGAAUCUGGAUACUAGUAGGAAUGUAUCUGUACACAUGGCAUACUACAAUAGAGAAACUAGCACCUCCAUGCAUGUUCCGGUUUGGCCCAAUUUUGGAACAACCACAUCAGACAGAUGCGUAAGACAAAAUUUCAGCUUUGGCCUGAUUUGCUGGCAUUUGGUCCAUUUGACAUUUUAGAACCUAAACUUAGAGCUGGAUUAUUUUGUUGAUCGGAUUGUCAAAUCAUCCCUGUGUAAGAAACAUCAAUACAAACUAAUAAACCCCUCUCCUUCCGUUUUAGUGAUUUGCAAUUUUUUUGGGCAAAUUCUCAGUCUAGACAUACAAAGGGUACAUUGUUCUUGCCUAGAAUCCUUUUCAUGCGCCUUUUGUGAUGGCUUGAUUGUAUUUGUCAAAUUACUUCAAAUUCUAUUCUAAGUUAUAUGUCCCUUUUAACUGUUGUAAAGGAUAGUUUUGUGUUAACUAAUAUUUUGGCUAUGUAGUUUGAUGUUUGGACCAGAUCUCUGUGGCACACAGACAAAGAAGCUGCAUGUUAUUCUUUCCUAUCAGGGCCAGAAUUACCCUAUCAAGAAGGAUCUGCAAUGCGAAACGGACAAGUUAACCCACUUCUACACAUUUAUUCUCAGGCCUGAUGCAACAUAUAGUGUUCUGAUUGAUGGUCGAGAAAGAGAUUCUGGAAGCAUGUAUACAGACUGGGAUAUUCUUCCGCCCCGCAAAAUUAAAGAUGUGAAUGCAAAAAAGCCUGCAGAUUGGGAUGAUAGAGAAUAUAUUGAUGAUCCAAACACCAACAAACCUGAGGGAUAUGAUUCAAUUCCACGAGAAAUUCCUGACCCAAAAGCUAAGCAGCCUGAUAAUUGGGAUGAAGACGAGGAUGGUAUAUGGAAACCACCAAGGAUUCCUAAUCCAGCAUACAAAGGACCAUGGAAGCGCAAGAAAGUGAAAAAUCCUAACUAUAAGGGGAAGUGGAAGAUUCCUUGGAUUGAUAACCCAGAAUUUGAAGAUGAUCCUGACCUUUAUGUGCUGAAGCCAAUUAAAUAUGUUGGCAUUGAGGUUUGGCAGGUGAAGGCAGGUUCUGUUUAUGACAACAUUCUGAUUUGUGACGAGCCAGAGUAUGCAAAACAAGUUGUGGAGGAAGUUUUCACAAAUAGGGAGGCUGAGAAAGAGGCCUUUGAGGAAGCAGAGAAAUUGAGAAAAGCAAAAGAGGAAGAGGAAGCCCAACGAGCCAGAGAGGAAGGCGAAAGGAGGAGAAGAGAGAGAGGCUAUGAUCGGCGGAGGGAUCGAUAUAGAGACAGAUACAGAAGGCAUGACCGCCGUGAUUACAUGGACGAUUAUCAUGUAAGCAUGAACAAGCACUUAGUUAUCUUUUUUUAUGGCUAUUAUGCGACAUGCAUUGUGACCAACCUUCUUUUUAUGUGGGAGAUCCCAAACUCCCAAAAUAUGUGCAAACUUCAAUCAUGAAACAAAUAAUUUGAUUUAUAAAAUAUGGAUAUAGUUUGCAGUAUUCCUGAUGUGUUCUCAAAGUUGUUAAUAACACAAAACACAGUUGAAAAUCCAGAAACCACUUUUAGGAACCGAGUCAAAAGGUCUAGUUUUCCUAUAUAUCCUAAAUAUCUUCUUUUUAUCAUUUUACUUCGAGUCAAACACCAUUGUGAUAUCAUAAUUAUACGGUUGAGAUUUUUAAAUCUUGAUAGCUCUAAAAUCCUAGUAGUUUUCAGAAGCUAUUUUGAUGGUGGACUUGCAUCAUGAAAAAACAUUGGGUUAAGUAGUAAACUGGCGAAGUGAGAAGGAUAGUUGAAAUCUCAUGUUAAAGUUUUGGAGUUUAGAAUUUAAAGUAGGCAAGGAAGGAGAGAAUAAAGAGGUUAGGGUUAAGGAGAAGGAGAGUUAACCUACCUCUCCU